AUGACGGCUCGACCAGAGUUGAACACUUUACAUAGUGCUGCCACAGAACCGACAAUUAUCCAUUCGAAUAAUGAAAGCCUGAAUGCUUUAGACUACACAGGAAAUGAUGAUAAAAGUGUUGCUCUGAGCAAUGCUAUCAGCCGAACAAACUCGACAGGAAAUAAGAUACCAAAGAAACGGAAGCCCAGACGGAUGUUCACUACGCCUGGUAGAUUCCAACAGCAAUUGGCAAUUCCAACGAGUUAUUUGGAGAGAAAACCAACAACCAAGGCAGAAGCCAAAGGGUUUUACUAUUUUGUAUCCUGCAUGAAACAGGGAAAAAUAAUGCUGUUUGAUCAAACAUUAGAUAGGAUCGAUCAAUGCUAUGAUACCAUGUGGACAUGGCCCGGUUUUAGUCAUGGUGUAGACUUUUAUCAGUCCCAUAAAGAUGCGAAAGUUUUGGGUACUUUUUUACAAGUGUUAAGAUGUUGCUUUGAUACCAGGUCGAUUGUAUUUCUUCCGUUGUUCCCAGUAGGAAUUGUUUUUUAUAAGAGAGAGGAAGAUAUUCCAGCUGUAAUUUGUUUAUUGUUGGCUCUAAUGUAUUUUGCAAAAUUGUUAUCCAAUACGACGGAGUAUGCGAGCGAGCAUUUUGGACCCGUUUUUGGCUCGUUAUUGAACGCUACGUUUGGUAAUCUAGUUGAAUUGAUCAUCUCAGGUACUACUGUCUCCAAAGAUGACGCUAUUCUUACCAUUACUUCAUUAAUUGGUAGUGUUAUUUCCAAUAAUUUAUUAGUGAUUGGUUCGUGCUUCUUUUUCGGCGGGCUUGAUGGUGUGAUAAUGCACUCGAAAGCUGCCAUAGCAAACCAUUUAUUCUUUCUUUCCAGUGUCACAAUGGCUUUAUCCUUGACUUCUGUGAUAGCUGUAAUUGAUUCUGGGAAAUCACUACGUUUUAAGAUGGAUACUUCGCAAAUUGGCGCAGCGUUGAUUUUCCUAUGUUACAUCAUCUAUCUAAUAGUGUCCACUAACCAAGAAUUCAAAGCAUUGAGCAGUAAGAAAUUAAAAGAAAGGUCUUUGAAGGAAUCUGACAUAGAAACUUUGCCGGAACUUGAUUCCGAUAGCGAUUUCGAAUUCAGUGUGGGAGACAAAAAAGAUGACGAAGAAAAAGAUCUCCCACCUAAGUUAGUUUGUUUCAUAACAUUAGCGAUCGCUACAGCUGGAUUAGGCCCAACGGCGAAUUUUUUUGUUGAAUCUUUAAAGGAAUUGACUGACGAUAAACCGAUCUCAAAAGUUUUCAUUGGUUUGAUAAUUUUACCCUUGGCUGGUUCGCUACCAGAACAUAUCUCAUCUUUGAUAUCUGCUCAUCAUGGCCAAAUGGAUCUUGCGGUAUCUCUAGCCAUCGGAUCCAGUAACCAGGUUUUGGGUAUGGUACUUCCAAUUGUCCAGCUUAUCUCCUCCAGAUACCCAAGAACCGGAUUCACAUUGUAUUUUGAACCAUAUGUUGCCGGAUACCUAUUCAGUUCAACAUUUGUAUGUUGUUUCACAUUAAUUCAUGGUCUACUAUUUUCUGUGAAUAUCUUACACGGAACCCUUCUACUAGCCACAUUUGGCUUCAUAAUCUAUUUGACUUUCGCCAACUAG